AUCAUUUUGGCUCAAGCGUUCGCGCGGCCGCGCCUCCUUCCUCCUCGCGGGCCCGAGGGAUGACGCAGCCUAGUGGGGCUUUCGCGCCGCAGCCCGCCGCCGCCAGCCUGGUGGAGGCGGCCGUGCGCGGCGCCAUGCUGGGCGGAGCGCCGAGCCGCGCUGUCGCGCCCGUCGCGCGGUCCGCAGUCUCGGCUGUCUUGUUCAGGACGGCCGGGGCUCCCGCGCCACGUGCGGACGGUGGCGUUCGCGCAGCUCCCGACGUUGCCCCUCCCGACCCUCGCCCCGCUGGUCGCGCUGGCGCCGCGGCCGCCGACCCCGCGGCGCGCGCCGCGAAGCGUCGGCGGCGCCGCCAGCGCCGCGCGGCGAGGGAGGCGGCGGGCGGUCCGUCUGUUGCCGACAUGGAGGCGGGGCAGGAUGACGAGGUCUUUGCUGGCGUGGCCCCUGUGGGGCCCGCAGCCGCUGCGGGGGCUGGCGGCGCCGCGGGGGCGGCUGCCGUUGGCGGGGGCGGAGUCUUCGAUGACGAACGGGCCGAUGGCCUCGUUCUUGGUGCUGUUGCAGGGCGGCGCGUCGCCGCUCGCGUCGCUGCCGCGGUGGCAGCGGCGUCUGGCGGGGCGGCGACCGCGAACCGCGACGAGAUGGCGACGGCGCUGGGCGGCGCUGCUGCUGCCUUUGCUGCCGCCGGCGCCGCUGCUGCCCUCGCCGGCCCCGGGGCCGACGCGGGGGGCGUCGGGCGGAGGCGGGUCCUCUUGGCGCCGGCGCCGGCCAUCAUCGGCCCCGACAGGCGGCGGCCGCCUUCGCGGCCCUUCGGCUCACCAGGUCGCUUCCUUUGGCCCUGGUGCGUGCUAGUAAGGCCAGUCGGCUCUCCAGGCCGCCUCUUCCUUCUUCUGGAUGGCCCCGGUGUCUGCCGCGCGCGAGCCUCGUGCUUGUUCCCUCUCAUUCUCUGCCUAAUAUGGGCUGAGAGAGGUCCAGCAGGUCGCCCUGCUGGAGCGCGCUGCGCCGCCUGCCACACAGCUCGUGCAUUUCAGGCAGCGAAGGCGUUGAGGUCAAAAUUUGUUUUGGCAUGUAUCCCUGACCAGGCAGUUCUACCCGCGCCUCGUGGUCGACGCUCCCGCUCUGUUUUUCAGACGAUGAUUUCGCUGAUGUUGGCAUCCCUUUUCCCGCCCUUCUGACGCGCUUGGUGGCCGUUUGAGAUCCCUCAGCAGUCCCGUCGGUUUGGGGCUGACCGCAAAAGCCUCGGGCAUCAGCCCAAGCAUUGUUAGUCCAGAGUUGGAGGCCCCUGUCACACAAGAUGUCGCCCAUCUGAUUCGCAAGCCCAGCCCAGCAACGCAGCGAACACUGAUCUACCAGCUCGGCUGGCCAACCUUGCCUAGCUUGCAUUUGGGGUUCACGACUAGUGCGUGACCCCGCUUCUUUCGGAUUGCCUGCACGGCAGAUUCACCUUGUCCAGUUGACCGGUGGGGCCCCCAAUCCAGGACGCGGCUUCCUUUCAUACGAAGCAGCCACUUCACUUUAAGGACAGCAAGCCGAGCCUACGCAGCACGCCGUACAUGUUGAACAGGCAGCCGACAGGCUAGCUCCAUUCCGUUUUCGUCUCGUCUUCCUCUCUCUUCUCCGACUUUAUCUUGACCGACCAAGCUACUUAGGUUGGACCCUAUCCGUCCCUAGGGACCGCGCCGUGCCAACUGAUGCGGACUUCCGACAUCCCGCACAUACCUCGGGCGCACAGCGUUUCUGAACUCUUCGCGUUCGGUUGCCCACGGCCCUACUCUCUCAAUUAUUACCUACUGCUGCUAUUUGCGUACCCGGCCUUGUUCUUUGACGGCCAUUCGUACCGAGUGCAACCCAAUUAUGCAAAUGUCUAGCCACUUUCUUGGUCGUGGGAAUUGCACGCGAUCGCCUGCUCCUCAGCAGCACCUUUAAAGCAGCUGUUUUCCAAGAGUCUCAGACACCAUGUCUCUUGCACUCAUGCUCGGGGUGGCCGCCCAAGAGUUGCGCCGCUUGCACCUCGUUUCGCUUUUCGCCAGGUCAUAUUGCCGAUGCUAAGUAUGGAUACAAGGAUGAUGGAUGG